AUGCAGUCUUUCCGUUUUAAACGCACGUUUCCUGGACUCAAGCGAUUCCGCCUUUUGGGAUCUGGUGGCGCUGCGGUGCCACCUCUCAAGGAGCGAGACAGUUCAUGCAAUGCGAGCAGAAAGCAUCAAGGUGAAGAAUCCACCUUGCGUCAAGGGAGCCCUGACCAGAGGCCUCUCCCUGGAGGACCCCGGCAGAGGCCCAGGAGACCUGGGACAGCGCAGGUCCUGGAGUGGCUGCUUAUUUCCCAGAAGCAGCCGAAAGUCAAGAAAUCCUGGGGACCAUUGUCAUUCAUGGAUGUGUUUGUGGACUUUACCUGGGAAGAGUGGCAGCUGCUGGUCCCAGCUCAGAAGCACCUGUACAGGAGUGUGAUGUUGGAGAACUACAGCAACCUGGUGUCCCUGGGGUAUCAACACACCAAACCCAGUAUCAUUUUCCAGUUGGAACAAGAAGAGCUGUGGAUGAUGCAAAUCCUGAGUCAGGGCCAUCCAGAUAAAGUCUGGGAAAUUAAUGAUUGUAUGGAAUGGCAUCAGGAAAAUUAA